CUGCCACCGUCUCUCUCCGCAUCGCAACACUUCGGCCUUUCCCCAUCCGAAAAUGGCGAAACUUGACGGCUUCCCCUCACCGGUGGAGGAUGCGAGCGUCCCUCCCGCCCUCGGCCAUGAGUGAGCUGGAGGACGAGGGGCCUUCUUCUUGUCGCUCUCGCUCUCGUUCUUGUCUCUCCUUAGGCGAUGAACAGCUUUGCGGCGGUGGUCGGGGGCCGGCCGCCGUUCACGGCGACACAGUGGCAGGAGCUGGAGCACCAGGCGCUGAUCUUAAAGUACCUAAUGGCGGGGGUUCCCGUGCCGCCGGAGCUCAUCAUUCCCAUCCGGAGGAGCUUCGAGACCUUGCCCGGCAGAUACUACCACCCUUCGCUGAGUUACUAUUCAUACUACGGGAAGAAACCGGACCCAGAACCAGGGCGAUGCCGUCGCACCGACGGAAAAAAGUGGCGUUGCUCUAAGGACGCGUACCCUGGUUCCAAGUAUUGUGAGCGCCACAUGCACCGUGGCCGCAACCGUUCAAGAAAGCCUGUGGAAUCACAAACUGUCGCUCCAUCCCAGACUUCCUCAUCGGUGUUGACAUCCCUCUCUCCCUCUGCGAGCAAUGCCAGCGGCACCGGUGUUGGAAGCUUCAGGGGCAUCACCCUGCAGCCGAUCACAGGGCCAAGCAAUGCACAGAGUUUGUGCUUUGGUGGUGCUAGUUCAUCUCAGCUACCCAUGGACACUGGCACUUUUGGAAAUAGGUACUUCUCUGGACUUAAACCUGAUGCGGAUGAGCACAGUUUCUUUUCUGGAGCGUCUGGCACUGCUAGGGCCCUUGGGGUGGACUCAUCAUUGGACAGCUCAUGGCGCCCAAUGCCACCACCAGUGUCCUCGUUUUCUCUGUCAAAAACACAUGACCUUUCCAUUCUGCAGAAUGCCUACCCACAACUUCAGUCAGUGCAGGAUCUUGGGCAGGUUACAAUCAACUCACUCUCUCGACAGCAACAGCAGCAUCAUUCUUUCUUUGGAAGUGAGUUUGGUUCGUCGGAGCCCGUGAAGCAUGAAACGCAGUUGCUCCGGCCCUUUUUUGAUGAAUGGCCAAAGACCAGAGAUUCUUGGUCAGAUCUUGAAGAAGACAGAUCAAACCGGACCUCGUUUUCCACCACCCAGCUCUCUAUUUCCAUUCCAAUAGCCUCAUCAGACUUCUCCAGCACCUCUUCCCGGUCCCCGAAUGGUGGGUCUCCAUCCUGAACCACGAUCCCCACUGUGAUUCUAGAUUUCCAAGGUUGGUAUGCCCUCUUCCAGAUCCUUAUCCUCGAAUUGUAUCUCUGCAGAUGAUUGAGCGAGGAGUCGUCAAGCCUUUCUCUGAAGUCAUGAACCGAUAACUGGAUGUUCUUGUUUGUUUGAGGUCUUCUUUGAGGACACCAGCGAUACUUUCAGAGCCAUUUGGUUGAGGCAUUCUGUGGUGCUUUUGAUGUCAUCUCGUAGUUGUGAAACAGUUAUUGUUGUAGUUUGGUAAUAAGUAUAUCCGAACCUAUUUCCUCUUUGUUACUUGUGCUAUCUUCUCGUACUGAACUUUCUGUAGAAAGCAUGCAAGAAAUUGUGUCUGGCUGGAGACGUUAAUGUUGA